CAGGGCUAGGAGCCGGCGAGGCUGCCGAGGCAGCUGCCCCCAGGAUCGGGGGAGGGGGAGAGCCCGGGACACACGGACGGAGCCUAGCUGCUGUUCACCCCCUCAGUAGUGGUGGCACCGGGCGGCCAGCUCGCUGCGCGCCGGGGCUGCGCCGGAUCCCUCCCAGCUGCGCUGGGGAGCCCAGGCCGCCUCCCACGCCCUCCGCCCCGGAUUGGAGGACUCCACAAGGGCCGUGCCCCGCAGGCAAGCGCAGCGCAGCGCCCGCCGCGCGGCUCCGGCUGCCCUGGGCUGGGAAGAGCUCGAGCCGCAGCGGGGAGCCGGCAGGAUGAUAGUGACACAAAUUGAAGCCAAAGAAGCCUGUGACUGGCUGAGGGCUGCUGGUUUCCCCCAAUAUGCUCAGUUAUUUGAAGACAUGCAGUUUCCUAUCGACAUCAAAACUGUGAGGAAAGAUCAUGAAUUUUUAGAUCGAGAUGCUAUUGAUUCUCUGUACAGACGGUUAAAUACACUGAACAAGUGUGCAGCAAUGAAAGUGGAAAUAAGUCGUCAGAGAAAACGGAGUGAUGAAUCUGAAGACGAUGAGCCUUGUGCAAUAAGUUACAAAUGGGCUUAUGAGAGGUGCAGUCAGAGAUGGUCUCGCCUGGAGAGCGUAGAAGGUUUCCCUGAAAAAGAGUCUAGUGCAUCAGUCCCAGACAGUCCAAGACUUAAGAGCACUGGUAGUGAGGAGAUAUCCUUUUCAGACCAAGGAGAGAAGCAUGAUGUGUCUUCAAUUCACAGUACUAGCAGUGGGGACAGUGACAUUAUCAGCUUCCCUAAGACUUUUGAGGAUGUUGAGACCAGCACUAGUUCUUCAAGGUGUUCAUCAAGUAAACUGGCCUCUCCUGACUCUACUUUUAGUUGUUCUCCUUCUCCUAGUGAGUUCUUAAACAUCAUCAGUGAGGAGAAGCUUUUGGAUAAGCCACCACAAAAAAAGGGGAAGAGCUUUCUAAAGAAAAUGGAGAAACUGCGCAUAAGGAGUUCCAGCGUAAAGAGAGCUGCUCAGUCAAAGGCCAAACCCACUAUUGGUGAACCUGUUCUUCUGGAGGGACUGGACGAAGAGAAGCUGAAGAACCUUAAUUCUGUAGAUAUUUGUGACCUAUCUGACAGCCAGAUGAAAAAGAAUUCUUCCUAUUCUCCCCACACUUGCAGCAGCAGCAGCCAGUCUGAAACCAGCAGCACAGUGAGCACUCCGAGUCCUGUUAUCAAAGUCAGGAGCUACGUUAAACGGGGAGGCGUGUAUGCGGAGGACUCCGACUCCAGCAAGCUCUCUCUGUGGAACGAUGUAUCUGAGCAAAACUUCAAAAAUGAAAUCAAUCUGCAUGCGAACCAAAUGUUUCACGUACCACAAGGCCAUAAGCCUGGGACUUUCCCCAAAGCACUUACAAACAGUUUCUUAUCUCCAACAGACAACACUUCUGUGAACUGGAGAACUGGAAGCUUUCAUGGAUGUAGGCGGAACAGAAUUAGAACUAGUUCUAAAGAGUCUGAGACCCCUCUGAGUCCUCUAUCAUUUAUAGAUAAUAGGAUGAGUAUCUAUGACAAUGUGCCCAGCAUUCCUGUUCAUCUUCAUAAGAUGGAGACGCCGGAAGUUAGUGACGAUGAUGUUUUUUCAGAACUAGACAAUGUUAUGGAACAUGUCAAUGGGCUCAGAAAGUUGGUCAAUCAGUGGACUGAGAAGUUCUCAGAUGAUGGAGACUCUGAUUUUGCGAACGACUCAACCUCUCCGUGUCCAUCUUCCCCUAAAGAAAUCCACCUUGAGAUAAAAAAGCAUUCAGCGGAGAAAUUGGCAGAUCUACCAGCUGCUGAUGGAAAACAGAACUGCAAGCAUGGCAAUGACCUUGAUUCCCCAGAACUGGCAUAUAUAACCGAUUCAGAGAUGGGAUCAUCAUUAUCACAUUCCAACAGACAUGAGAGGCAACACUGGUCUGCAGAGGAGACUGUAAACUUGGAAAGCCUUUCUGUACAAAUUGAUAACCAGUCAGCAGCCCACCUAAACCGAAUACAGAAACUGGCUUUGUUGAAACUCACUGCUUUAAUGGACAAAUACUCUCCUUCCAGUAAACAGGGCUGGAACUGGACCGUUCCGAAGUUCAUUAGAAAAAUCAAAGCCCCUGACUAUAAGGACAAAAAUGUAUUUGGGGUCCCAUUACUGCUAAAUGUUCAGCGAACAAGCCAUCCACUUCCAAAGAGCAUUAUCCAGGCCAUGGAGUACUUAAGAAGCCACUUUCUUGACCAGGUUGGCCUGUUCAGAAAAUCAGGCGUUAAAUCUAGGAUCCUUUCUUUAAGGGAAAUGAAUGAAAAUGACCCAAACAAUGUAACGUAUGAAGGGCAAUCGGCGUUUGAUGUGGCAGAUAUGGUAAAGCAGUAUUUCCGAGAUCUUCCUGAGCCUAUAUUCACUAGCAAGCUUUGUGAAUCCUUCCUCCACAUCUAUCAGUAUUUGCCAAAGGAUCAACAGUUUCAUGCAGUCCAGGCUGCCAUUCUUCUGCUCCCAGACGAAAAUCGGGAAGCUCUGAAAAUUCUACUCUUCUUUCUCCGAGAUGUAGUUGCUUUUGUUGAGGAAAACCAGAUGACUCCGACCAACAUUGCAGUCUGUCUCGCGCCAUCCUUGUUUCAUCUCAAUACUUUAAGGCGAGAGAGUUCAUCAUCAUCUAGGUCCAGCCAGAGGAAGUACAGCCUGGGAAAACCAGACCAGAGAGAUUUGAACGAAAAUCUGGCAGCCACCCAAGGCCUGGCCCACAUGAUCAUGGAGUGCAACAGACUCUUCCAGAUGCCCGACUAUUGCCUGGAUCAGUGUUGUGAUGACUUAUGUGAACAGAAUGGCCUGAGUGAAAAGGCUUCUAAUCAGACCGCCUCAAUGAGGCACUCCAUGCUGGUUUCCCUUGAGAACUCCAUGCAGGACUUGCUGCGAGAUGCCAAGGAAAAGUUCAAGAGCUGGGUUACUUCUUCAAACUUGGAACGUGUGGAAUUGGCAAAUAAAAAGGUGGAAGAUAACUACCACGUCCGGUUAUGGAAGGCAUCCACUGAAAUCAAUGCCGCUCCUAAAGUAAUCCUUCAACGCAUACUGACAGAGCAGCAUCUGUGGGACCCAAGUCUGCAGCAGGCUAAAAUCCUAGAGACCUGGGAUGAUGAAACAGAUGUUUAUCACUAUACAACAGAAAGCAUGUCACCCCUCCUGCCGCGGGAUUAUGUGGUUUUGAGGACUUGGAGGACUGAUCCCCAAAGUGGCACCUGUAUUUUGGCAGCUACCUCAGUUGACAGUGAAGGAGCUACUCUGCAUGGGAUUUUGGCCCAUGUCCUUUUGUGUCAGUAUCUCCUAGAACCAGUUGGCUCCCAGAAAUCCAAAGUGACUCACGUCUGCCGGACAGACACGAGGGGACGAACAACAGAAUGGUACAACAGAGUUUUUGGUCAUAUGUGUGCUGCAGAACUGAUGAGGAUAAAAGACUCCUUCAAACCUCUCAGGAACGACACAAAGGAAAUGAAAAUCUAAAGCACCUGGUUCUAAACAGAGACUGGUGCGGAGGCAUGAACUGCUCCUCUGCUAUCAUUUUAAAAGCUAUAGACUCAAUAGACUUGCCUAUAUUUUAAAACUAAUAAACCAAGAAGUAAUUUGUAAUGGCAUAUAAUGUAAUGUAAAAUAGUAAUUUUAUAAAGCUGCUUUUUUUUUCUUUUUCCAGUUUCAGGAAGCUGUUCUUGAACUGGCUGCACAGAGAUAGCUAAAAGGUCAAAUGUGUGUAUGUAUAUAUACGAAGUUAUAAAAUGCAAUUGUUACAUCUAGGAAGACAAAAUAUGCUGGUUCAAAAUUAUAGUUAUAAAGUAAGUUAUUAAACUAAAAAUAUGGUAUUUUUCCAAAUAUGCAUUAAGUAUUUUAUAAGAUGUAGACUUUUAUGCAUUCUAGAGUAUUAUGUCUCUUGAAUUUUCUUUUUAUUGAAUAAGGUGGUGGAGAUGUGAAGUUAAUUUUAACCUCUUUACAGUUGAAAAUAGGGCUGAAAACCUAUGCCUUUUACUAGAGGGAGCUAAAUACUUUAGCAUGUGCUGUUAACUCUCUUGAUACUUCUUUUUUACAUAAUAAAAAACCAAAUCUGGUGGGGGUGGUUGUUUUAAUGUUAUGGGUAGAGUUCCUGCAUUUGAGAAUGUUGCCUACUUUCACCAUGGUGAAGCUUUAGGAAUACAUUUCAAUUGUUAAAUAACGGCCAUAAGUCAACCUAACCAAGCUAAAUUCUAAGCAGAAAUUAUGUGAAUGGACUGUCAAAAACCAGUUUCUGCAUGUAACCUGCAACUUAAGUCACUUGAGCUCAAUCAUAGGCAUUGUGCUUGUCUUCUGAAAUACAGUCAUGGUUAAACAUUCCUUAUGUAUCUUUAAUAAGCUACUCAUCAUGAAAACCAAAAAGUGUGUGUACACAGAUAAUUAAGGUGCUACUCCUAGGGGUAAAUGUUUUAUACAGCUGUGUGUGUGUGU